AUGAGAUUUAGACAAUACCCGGUUGCCAUUAAGGGCGAUAUACAAGACAUGUUUCUUAGAGUCAAAGUUCGCGCGGAGGAUCAAAACGCUCAAAGUUUUUUAUGGCGGGGAAUGGAUAGAAAAAAUCCCCCAAAAGAAUACGUAAUGACCUCUUUAAUAUUUGGGUCAAAAUCAUCUCCUUGUAGCGCUAAUUACAUAAAGAACACGAAUGCCAGGGAAUUCACGAAUAUUAUGUCUGAAGCAGUCUCAGCAAUAAUAAAUAAUACAUAUAUGGAUGAUUUUCUUCUCAGCGUGAUAUCUAAAACGAAGGCUACCAAAAUAAUAACUCAAGUUUCUGAAAUCAAUUCAAAGGCCGGUUUUCACAUGCAUGAAUGGUCUAGCAACAGUCCUGAUGUUUUAAAGUCGAUAGAACAAGAUAGCACAAAUAGUUCUGUUGACCUUAGAUUAAAUAGCGUUGAAGACAAAUCUGACAAAGUCCUUGGACUACGUUGGGACACAAAUUCCGACACAUUUACCUUUAAUUUAGGACUAAACAAAAUUCCCGCAAAAUUGUUAACAGAAGCUAAACCUCCAACAAAAAGAGAGUUUUUAAAAAUAAUAAUGUCGAUUUUUGAUCCAUUGGGAUUCUUGUCACCAUUCACUGUUAAAUCAAAGAUUCUCAUGCAAGAAAUUUGGAUAAGUGGAAUUAAUUGGGAUUCACCUUUGGCUGAUGACGAAAGAGAAACUUGGCAAUCGUGGCUAGCAGAAUUAAGACAGGUGGGCGCGUGCUCGGUGCAGCGAUGCUACUUAUAUUCGAACGAAAAUGUAAAAAGAACCGAAUUGCAUGUCUUUUGCGACGCGAGUAAAAGAGCUUACGCAGCUGUAGCCUAUUGGAGGUUCGAAAAGGCAGACGGUCAAAUUGAAACAAGCAUUAUUGCUAAUAAAAGUAGAGUAGCACCCUUAAAGCCACUCUCGAUCCCCCGAUUAGAAUUACAAGCCGCUUUACUGGGAAGUCGCCUCGCGCAAACAAUAGAAAAAGAGCAUAAUUUAAAAAUAGAUCAACGAAUUUUAUGGUCAGACUCGCGCACGGUAAUAUUAUGGUUAAAGUCAGAUCCAAGAUUCUAUCACACAUUCGUCGCCCAUAGAUUAGGAGAAAUUUGCGAAUUAACUUCACCCUCAAAUUGGAGAUGGGUCCCUACGAACGAUAACCCAGCAGACGAUGCAACAAAAUUCAGUAAAACCCCGUUAAAUUCAAAUCAACGAUGGUUCUUUGGACCACCGUUUUUAAAAAAAAGAGAAUCCGACUGGCCAGAUCAAACCGCGAUAUUUAACGAAGAUUCUGUCAAUUUAGCAAGCGCCGAAAAGAAAGGUCCGAAUGUUGCAACAUUGGUCAUAGCGAAAGAUAAAUGCAUACCUGUUGCCUCGAACUUUUCCUCCUAUAAACGGUUAUUAGGCAGCACAGCGCAAAUGUUAUUGGCGAUAGAUAAAAUGAAAGGAAAUAAAAAUCGAACUUUGUCCGUUGAACAUUUACAAGCUGCAGAAAAAUUAAUAUUGAUAGAAUCGCAAAAGCAGAGUUUUUCAGAUGAGAUAAAGGAAUUGCAACACGGUAGUCCAAUAAAAAAAUCUAGUCGCCUUGCAAAUUUGAACCCAAAACUGUCAAAUGACGGAUUACUGAGAUUAGAGAGUAGAGUAGCCGACAAAGUUGAUAUUUCCUUUGACAAUGAACCGAUAAUUUUGGACGGUAAACAUCACGUCACAAGAUUGUUGUUAGAGGAAUAUCAUAUUGCACAAAAACACGGGAGUCCUAAUACAGUAAUAAACGAAAUUCGCCAAAAAUAUUGGAUUUUAAAUUUGAGAAAUUCCUUGCGAUCAAUCGGAACGCAUUGUCAGUAUUGUAAAUUAAGAAGCGAAAAACCAAAAGUGCAAAUAAUGGGGAAAUUACCUUCCGCGAGGUUAGCGUAUAAAAAACGACCGUUUUCCUAUUGCGGUCUAGAUUAUUUUGGACCUCUAUCGAUCACAGUCGGAAAGAAAACCAGACUAUCGAAAGGAAAGCACAAACGUUGGGUGGCGUUGUUUACGUGCUUAACAACCCGAGCCAUCCACUUAGAGUUAGUGGAUAAUUUAAGUGCUGAUUCUGCCAUAAUGGCUCUUUGUAGAAUGUCAAAUCGGAGAGGUCGACCCCUUGAAAUCCAUUCUGAUAAUGGCACAAAUUUUCGAGGGGCGGAUAAAGAAUUACGAGAAUCUCUACGAUUUGACGUUCAACAAGAAUCCGCCACUAGAAAAGGGAUCAAAUGGUGUUUCAUUCCCCCGGGAACACCUCACAUGGGAGGUUCGUGGGAACGUAUGAUACGCUCAGUAAAGGUAGCGCUGAAGAUGAUACUGAAAGAACAGUCUCCCAAAGAAGAGACGCUGCGCACCCUUUUAACCGAAGUAGAACAUUCGGUUAAUUCGCGACCCCUUACCGAUGUGUCCUUAGAUCCGCGAGAUGAUGAAGCCUUAACGCCAAAUCACUUCUUGAUUGGCACCUCCUCUGGCAAUUUAACUUAUCGACGACACGAACAACAAAUUGAAUGUCCAAAAAAGCAAUGGGAAAUAGCACAGUAUUUUGCCGAUUGCUUCUGGAAGCGAUGGUUAAGAGAAUACCUGCCUACAUUGCUUCCAAGAAAAAAGUGGCAUUCAGAAUCUGAAUCAUUGAAAAUAGGCGAAGUGGUUGUGAUCGCCGAUCAUCAGUCAUCGCGAAAUAUGUGGUUAAAAGGGAUAGUUGAACGAACGUUUCCCGGACGCGAUAAUCUAGUACGCGUUGUAGAGGUGCGCACAAUAAAAGGUACAUUUAUAAGACCGAUCAUAAAGCUCAUAAAAUUAACAGAAGUACAAGCCCCAUAG